AUGUUGACUGACUACUUUGUCGACCAACCAGUGUUCAAAGAUCCGGUGUUCCGAACACGUUACAGGAUGAGUCUCAAUCUCUUCAAGCGUAUAUCUACUGACCUUUGCCAGUAUGAUCGUUACUUUGUUCCAAGGUCAGAUGCUACCGGCAAAGUCGGACUGCUUCCGGAGCAGAAGAUGACAGUCGCCUUACGAAUGCUUGCUUACGAUGCAGGGGCAUAUCAAUGUGCUGAGUAUUGUCGAAUGUUGAAAUCCACCUCCGUCGCGGCCCUUCAGUACUUUACACGAGGAAUUGUUGAUCUUUACUCAGCAGAAUACCUCCGCGCUCCUACUGAUACCGACCUCAUACGACUUCUUGCCAAAGCUGAGAGGAGAGGUUUUCCAGGAAUGAUUGGGAUCAUCGAUUGGUACUAUCUCGUCGACGGUAUUUAUCCUCGAUGGGCGACUUUCUUGAAAACUGUUCGAAAUUCUACACGUCCCAAGGAAAUCGAGUUUGCAAAGGCUCAAGAGGGGUAUAGGAAGGAUGUAGAAAGAUGUUUUGGUAUAUUACAGUCACAGUUUGGUAUUGUUAGAGGAGCUGCUCGUGGGUGGCAUAAAGAGGACCUUCGAUACAUCAUGUUGACGUGUAUUAUAUUACACAACAUGAUUGUCGAAAAUGAACUACCUGAAGACAGCGAUGAUGAGGAGGAUAACAAUAUGAGGCCCAUGAUUGCUGAGGUAUAUUCAGCUGAACGUGGCUCCUCCAAAGGUCAUUAUAUUUAUCUGCAGUUCCACCGCUUCGAGGAAUAUGCAAAGUUUUAUUACUUUUGCCUCUUAAUAUUUUGUCUGUAG